ACUUGACAUGCUUGGGCAAUCGUUCAUGGGCACCGCGCCAUCCGCACCCAUCUUCGUGGACUUGUCUUGGCGCCCGGGCGUGGACCGAGGGUCAAGACCCCUGUGGCUGUGGCAGAAGCUGUCAGGCGAACCCCCAAACAGGGCUCCAGCGACUCGAGUGUGUGGCUUACCCAUCGCCGUUGCAAGUUUGUUUCUGGAAGGCCUCCAAAGAACAAGAUGCUGCAAGUGUGCGAGGAAAGGAAAAGCCUUCGAGAUUGUGGAAGUUGAAGGUAGCGGUUUGGGUGCUGUAGCCUGCAAGGACUUUCAUCCCGGAGAACUUGUUCUGACAGAAGAGCCGCUCUGCAAGUUUGAAAGCUCAGAUGCCAGCCUGCGAAUGGUUGAACGGAAGUGUGCAAAUUUGCCAGAUGAUUUGAGAAAGAAAGUGUUGAGCCUGGAGGAUUCAUUUUCGUUUGACACCAAAACCUUUCGUGGCAUAUUGGAGACAAAUGGCAUGGUGUGUGAGAGUGGAUCAGACUCAGACCCGAAAGCACUUUUCCUCGAAGUGAGCCGUUUUAACCAUUCUUGCAAUGCUAAUUGUGAUUACAGUUGGAGAGACAGGCAGAAUUGCAUGGACAUCUAUGCUCAGACUAUCAUCAGAGCAGGAGAGGAGCUGUGCAUUCCGUAUAUUGACUUGCGAGAGCCUCGCCAAGUGCGGCAGCAACUUUUGAAGGAAAACUGGCGAUUCCGAUGCAGAUGUGAGGUCUGCUGCCUCAAAGAUUUCUCCGAGAGCGACAGGAGAAGGCUACGCCUGGGAGAACUUUCAGCGUUGCUGUACUCCAGCAGAACUUCAGGACGGACCUUGCGGAUUGCCAAAAAACUCCUGAAGCUCUACAAUGAUGAACACAUCAGUGCGCAAAGCUACAAGUUGGAAGCUUGCAAAUUCGGAUAUCGAGCGUCCUUGGACUUGAAUGACAACGAGAUAGCUCCCCGUUUUGCACAGCUCGGUCUCAAGAGUGCCAUGAUAUGCCAUGGACCUGAACAUGAAGAAACACAGGAGUGGGUUGACAUCAUGUCGAUGUGGGAUUGAUACUUCAUAGACAACAAGUUCAUUGUGUGCGGCUUGGUAUUGGCAGUUGGGUGAAAUGGGACGCGAAUGACCACACCAUGUCCCGAGUUGCAGAUGGAGCUCUGUGGUGAUUUAUUCGUGUACAUUCAAGAUCGGGUGCCAACAGUGUCAUCUGCAUGGUCUCUUUGCAUCUCUUUGCCAAGUUGGAAGUGAACUCAUAAACGCGUUAAAUAUGCUUGGCAGACUGAGCCAGAAUUGACAUGGUCUCCCAGAUGCUGGGCAUAUGGCAAGCAUAUGGCAAGCCAACUCUAGUGGAAAGAACUCUUUCCAGUCAUGGAUGCGUGAAAAGAUGGGGAAAGGACGAUCUGAAAUGAUCUGAAAACUUGCGGAUGUUCCAACCUUCUUCAGCGUCAUCCUGCUACGGCGUCAACGACACAGAGGCCACCUACUGUAGCUACAGCUGAUGCAUUCCAACCUGCUGUCCGAGGAGCUACAUAGGCCCUAUAGGCAUCUAGGAACGUGGAUGGCUCACUUGGAUUCUUUAAAGCCCUGCAGCUUGAGAGAAAUGGUUGCAUCGCAGAAAAGGUCAUCAGAUUUUGACUUUGGAAAAAACAGGCAAAGGUUUCAAUGUGUUCUAUAUACAGUACAUGAUGUGUCCUAUUCUCAGCUUUG